AUGGCGCUCGUCUACUUUUGGCUGGUCAUGGCCUUGCUGGUAGGCCUUGCAAUAUUCUUUGGGGCAAAGUUGCUACGGGUUGGCAUGCGUGAGAAAGAUCUACCGCCAGGUAAGCCCAUUGUCGAGCUCUACAAGCGUGUCGCCGUUACAAGACAGGCUUGUCUGACCUUUGACGGUAACAGGACCUCCGACGGUGCCAAUUCUGGGAAACCUGCAUCAGAUGACAGCAAACCCGUAUCUCAUGUUCGAGAAAUGGGCAAAGCAAUGUGA